CUCGCACGGGACCUAUCUCCACUUCCCUCCGUCCCUCUCCGUCAUCGCGCGUCCCGUCCCCGCCAGAAUCCUCCUGUUCCUCCUUCGCCGCGGCGUCGCCGCCGGCGAGUUCUCCAUUGAUCCGGCGAUGGCCGGUAAAUCCAACCCCAUCACCACCAGGGAUAACUAAGACCCUGUGCUUGUCGGGUCUGAUCGGUUUGGUGAGGAGAUGGACGCCGGUGUGGGUCUCCGGGCGAAGCCCGGCGCCUGGGCCGGACUCGGAAACCCACACCGCCCUUCCGCUGCGAGGGUUCCGGCGAGGUUCGCGGCGGAGAGGCCGGCUCGGCCGCUGGUUUUGGGCUCCGAUUGCCGGAGCCACGGCGCCAGAUUGAAGGUUUCGUGUUCCAGGAAACCGGCAGGUAUUGAGAAAGUAUAUUACUCUGCUGAUGAGGCUCUUAUCCUAAAGCAAAAGGCUGAGGAUGUGAUACCUUAUUUGAAUGACCGGUGUGUUUACCUAGUUGGAAUGAUGGGUUCUGGCAAAACUACAGUUGGGAAGAUAUUAGCUGAAGUAUUAGGCUAUUCUUUCUUUGACAGUGACAAGAUGGUUGAGAAGGCUGUUGGGAUAUCAUCUGUUGCUGAAAUCUUUCAGCUCCACAGUGAAGCAUUCUUCAGAGAUAAUGAGAGUGAGGUUCUAAGGGAUUUGUCAUCAAUGCAUCGCUUAGUUGUUGCAACUGGCGGUGGUGCUGUGAUCCGACCAAUCAAUUGGAGUUACAUGAAGAAAGGGUUAACAAUCUGGUUAGAUGUUCCAUUGGAUGCACUGGCAAGAAGGAUUGCUGCAGUAGGAACUGCUUCUCGGCCCCUCUUGCAUCAAGAAUCUGGUGAUCCUUAUGCAAAGGCGUAUGCAAAACUUACUUCACUUUUUGAACAAAGAAUGGACUCAUAUGCUAAUGCUGAUGCCAGGGUUUCCCUCGAACAUAUUGCAGUCAAACAAGGACAUAAUGAUGUGACAAUACUUACACCAAGUGCCAUUGCUAUUGAGGCAUUGCUAAAGAUGGAGAGCUUUCUUACUGAUAAGGCAAUGGUCAUAAACUAACCACUUUUUGGUGGUUAAAAGCACAACAACAAACAAAAUCACUUGUUUAUUUUGUUGUAUUUAUUGCAUAUACAUAAGGCAUGUUUCUUGUUUAUUCACCCAAUGUAAAGUAGGGUGAUUUGAGUUUGAGCUUGUGUAAAUGGAUAAGUAAUAGCUUUCACUUGCAAGAAAAGUUUGUAUUGUCUUUUAUCUCAAAUGCAAUGCAAUACAGACAUUGGAGUUGUGCCGUGACGUGUUA